UCCCUCCCGGCGGGCGGCGGCGGCGGGCGUUGGGAUUCACGGGCCAGGGCUUCGCGAGGCUGGAGAGGCCAGGCCCAGGCCGCGGGCAUAGGGCCCUCGCAGCUUCGGGACGCAGUAUAAUUGGAUUUCCAAAAAGAACUAGCUGAGCUCUUGGCUCUAAGGCGCCUAUCGGACUCAGAACGAGAAUCAUCCGUUUGGCACAAACUUGGGGGCCGAGCUUUUGGGGCUGAAGAAGGAGCGGGGGAGUAGAAAAGGAGACGAGGAGGAGGCGGCGGCGAGCAGAGCCUGGAGGCUAGGAGGCGGAGCAGCACCGCCGAGGAGGCGGCCUCGGCUAGCAGGCGGCGGCGCCGGGCUCUCGGCUGCCCCCGGCCAGACUUGGUGUGGGGGGCGCGUGCGUUACUGUGCGCUGUGGGUCGAGAGACUUGAGCGAAGUUUGAAGGGUAACCGGAGACGCUUGUUGCUCCUCGCCGCAGAAAAAGCCACACCGUUACGUCGCGGCGGGAGAAGGCCGCCCCCCUUGGCGCCCCCGGCCCAGGCAGACGAGUUUGGGCUCCCCGCGACUGAUCGAGUGCUGGGCGGAGACGGCUGCGGCGCCCACGCGGCGCGGGCACCCCAGCUGCAGCGCCCUCAGCUCCGCGCCGCCCACGGCCCGGCCCCGGGAGGACUCUCAUGAGCCGGGCGCGGCCGCGCCUCCCCAGAUCCAAGCCUCUCUCGGCUGCCUCGUCGCGCUCCUCCGGCUGAGAGCGCCGCUGCACCCGUGGCCGGCGAUGCGGGGCCCCGGCGUGGCCGCGUCGCGCUCGCCCCUGGGCCUGUGCACUCUAGUGCUUGCGCUGCUGGGCGCGCUGCCCGCCGGUGCCGGGGCGCAGCCUUACCACGGCGAGAAGGGCAUCUCGGUACCGGACCACGGCUUCUGCCAGCCCAUCUCCAUCCCACUAUGCACGGACAUUGCCUACAACCAGACCAUCCUGCCCAACCUGCUAGGCCACACGAAUCAAGAGGACGCGGGCCUCGAGGUACACCAGUUCUACCCGCUGGUGAAGGUGCAGUGUUCUCCCGAGUUGCGCUUCUUCCUGUGCUCUAUGUACGCACCCGUGUGCACGGUGCUUGAUCAGGCCAUCCCGCCGUGCCGUUCUCUGUGCGAGCGUGCCCGCCAGGGCUGCGAAGCGCUCAUGAACAAGUUCGGCUUCCAGUGGCCAGAGCGGCUGCGCUGCGAGAACUUCCCGGUGCACGGCGCCGGCGAGAUCUGCGUGGGCCAGAACACGUCCGACGGCUCCGGGGGCCCAGGUGGCGGCCCCACAGCCUACCCCACCGCGCCCUACAUGCCGGACUUGCCCUUCACCGCGCUGCCCCCGGGGGCCGCUGACGGCAGGGGCCGUUCUGCCUUCCCCUUCUCUUGUCCCCGCCAGCUCAAGGUGCCCCCCUACCUGGGCUACCGCUUCCUGGGCGAGCGCGACUGCGGCGCCCCGUGCGAGCCGGGCCGUGCCAACGGCCUAAUGUACUUUAAGGAAGAGGAGAGGCGCUUUGCCCGUCUCUGGGUGGGCGUGUGGUCGGUGCUGUGCUGCGCCUCGACGCUCUUCACCGUGCUCACCUAUUUAGUGGACAUGAGGCGCUUCAGCUAUCCCGAGCGGCCCAUCAUCUUUCUGUCGGGCUGCUACUUCAUGGUGGCCGUGGCGCACGUGGCCGGCUUUCUGCUGGAGGACCGCGCGGUGUGCGUGGAGCGCUUCUCAGAAGACGGCUACCGCACGGUGGCGCAGGGCACCAAGAAGGAGGGUUGCACUAUCCUCUUCAUGGUGCUGUACUUCUUCGGCAUGGCCAGUUCCAUCUGGUGGGUCAUCCUGUCGCUCACUUGGUUCCUGGCAGCUGGCAUGAAGUGGGGCCAUGAGGCCAUUGAAGCCAACUCUCAGUAUUUCCACCUGGCCGCGUGGGCCGUGCCCGCUGUCAAGACCAUCACCAUCUUGGCCAUGGGCCAGGUGGAUGGGGACUUGCUCAGUGGGGUUUGCUACGUGGGCCUGUCCAGCGUGGAUGCGCUGCGAGGCUUCGUGUUGGCGCCUCUGUUCGUCUACCUCUUCAUUGGCACGUCCUUCCUGCUGGCCGGCUUCGUGUCGCUCUUCCGCAUCCGCACCAUCAUGAAGCACGACGGAACCAAGACCGAGAAACUGGAGAAGCUUAUGGUGCGCAUCGGCGUCUUCAGCGUGCUUUACACUGUGCCAGCGACCAUCGUCCUGGCCUGCUACUUCUAUGAGCAGGCCUUCCGCGAACACUGGGAGCGCACCUGGCUCCUGCAGACUUGCAAGAGCUACGCGGUGCCCUGCCCGCCUGGCCAUUUCCCGCCCAUGAGCCCUGACUUCACUGUCUUCAUGAUCAAGUACCUGAUGACCAUGAUCGUGGGCAUCACCACUGGCUUCUGGAUCUGGUCCGGCAAGACUCUGCAGUCGUGGCGCCGCUUCUAUCACAGACUCAGCCACAGCAGCAAGGGGGAGACUGCGGUAUGAGCCCCGGCCCCUCCCCCACCCUCCCUUCCCCCAUCCCCUCCGAGGGGGAGAGGCACGGGAAGGAGAGAACUGCUGGGGUGGGGGGUGUCUGUAACCUCCUUGCCCUCCAAGGAGAAGGGACCUGGAAGAGAGAUGAGAUAUGUAGAUUUGGGACGAGGGGUGUGUUUGGAUAAGGAGGUCUGGGUGGAAAAACGGUUUGAAUGAAAAGACUUCUGGCAAAGACUUGCAGGAUGAUGAUCAUGAUGAUGAUGAUAACGAUGAUGUUAAUCACGUACGGUAUGGGCCGACCGGGGUCUAUCAAGAUUGAACCCAGCAGAGAUUGCUCUGAGUUCUUCCCGGCUCCAGGGCUGAACUGGGACUGUGAGCGGUUCCCCUGCUGCAAGACAAGUGGCCUGUCCUCACUCCUGUGAGGCCCGGGUGAAAGGUACAGCUCUGUCUGCGGCGGCGGCUUUGUUGGGAAAAGGGAGGACUCCCUGCGGUGUCCUUGUCAAGCGGUGGUCAAACCAUAAUCUCCUUUCACUGGGGCCAAACUGGAGCCCAGAUGGGUUAAUUUCCAGGGUCAGACAUUACAGGCUCUCCUCCCCUGGCCCCUCCCGCCUGUUUUUCCUCUCCUACGCCUUUCAAGUUCUUGUAAAAUAAGCAUUUGGAAGUCUUGAGAGGCUUGCCUCCUCGAAUCCUAAUGUGAGGAUGCAAAGAAAUGAAGAUAACAUUUCGAGAUGAGGCAAAGGAGACGAGUAGCAGGUAUUUCUGCUACUUUUUUAUUUCCUGCAGAAGGCAGAAGGAAGAAAGAAGGGUGUUUUAUUUGGUUUAAUACUCUGAAAAGAAGUAAUGACUUGUUGCUUUUCAAAACAGGAGUGCAUUUUUCCCCUUGUCUUUGUUGUAAGAGACAAAAGAGGAAACAAAAGUGUCUCCCUUUGGAAAGGCAUAACUGUGAAGACAGCAACUUUUAUAGGCAAAGUAGCACAAAUCAGAGGUUUCCUUUUGGAUGUUAAUUUGGCUGAGAUAAACAUUCCUUUUUAAGGAAAAGUGAAGGGCAGUGUGCUCCCAUACCCCAAUCAGGCAGAGGUUCUGAUUCGGCUAAAGGAAAAUGCAAGGGGUUUUGUUGUAUUUGUUUUAAAUAAAUUUAAUUCAGAACACAUGAUCCUGUCUACAGCCUCUGUUAAAAUGUUCAGGGAAAUCUCUCCCUUUAUUUUUUUUUUCUUCCUAUAAACCUACAUUUAGGUUUUCUAUUUUCUUCCAAUUUGAAUCCUUCAAGAUAAAAGGAAAAGAAUAAUACCCUCAGCCUCCAUAAUAAAGAAGUUAAAAAAAAUCUUUUUAAGUAAAGAACCAUUUUUGUCCUGUUUUCUGAGUUCCAUAAAUCCGUUUAUAAAACAUCAUGUGUAUGCUGACCCUGUUUUUGUGUGGCUGGGUGGGGAGGUGACCUACAGAAAUGAUAAUGAACGAAGCGGACAAUUCAAACCAUGGGUCCCAUUUUUAAGGAAAGUCAUUAAAAGAAGGUAAACUUCAAAGUAAUUCUGGAGUUCUUUGAAAUGUGCUGCAUGACUUAAAUUUAUUAAUCUUAAAUCAUGUACUUUUUUUUUUCUAUAAUAGAACUCUGAUUCUUUUGCAUAAUGCUCUAAAGCUGAGCAGAGAAUCAUGGGAGCUAACCUUUACUCCACCUUUGACACCACCCUCCAAUCUUGCAACACUAUCCUAUUUCUCAAAACAAGUUUUAAAAUGCUGUUUUAAACAGUUUUCAGAUCAGAGAGGGUACUGUCAGGAGUACAAGUUACUUUAUAUAUGUAAUGUUCACUUGAGUGGAGCUGCUUUUUAUAUUAAAGUUAACAUCAACCUUGUGUUUCUUAAACUUCCAAAAUGGUCUCAUUUGUCAGAUUUAAAACUCCCACUAUACAGUUUUUUGGCAUCUUUUGUGUUAUAUCUCUUGCAUGUGAAAUUUGUAAAAUAGAGACAAGUGCAGUAUGUAUAUUUUGUAAAUCUCCCAUUUUUGUAAGAAAAUAUAUAUUGUAUUUAUACAUUUUUACUUUGGGUUUUUGUUUUGUUUUUCCUUUAAAAGUCUACAAGGAAGCCCCACUUUAUCACAUGUACAGAUCACAAAAUAAAUUUUUUUAAUACAAAGUGAA